AUGUUCUCCAUCCAGAAGGAAGAGUUCUGUUUCCGCGGCGGGGACGUUGAGAUUCUGGUCAAGGGCGAAGGCGACACAGUGAUCCGUGGUUUGGUAUAAUCUCAGGUAUUGUGCCUCGCCAGCGAAAUAUGGGAAAAGUUCAUCUAUCCACCAUUUCCACACAUCAACUCGUCCAGCGAGAAAUCGUCUACUGGAGCUUCUACAAUCUCAACAAAAGACGAUGGCACAAACUUCAGUGCUCGCAAGAAGAAAAACAUCCAACGGGAGAUUAUCGCGACGGUAGACUUUACAGAUGAUGAUCCAGAGGUAAGAUCUUACUUUACUCUUUUCUAUUACAUGAACAGUGGCUAACCUACUACCAUAGGCUCUCUUAAUACUCCUCAAGAUCGCACAUCAUAGAAUCAAGACCAUUCCAAAGGCGCUAAGUCGAGAAACUUUAUUCCACAUCGCCGGACUCGUCGAACAAUAUCAAGUUCUUGACUUGGUAAAGCCAUACAUAUCAAUUUGGCUCGCCGAAAUCUGGGACAACAUUCCGAAAUGGAUCAAUCAGGGUCUUGAAAAGACGUUAUUUAUCGCCUAUUUAUUUGGGCAGGAGCAGGAGUUUAUUAAUAUUUCUUCUACCAUCGUGAUGCAUAUUACUAUUGAGAGUAAUGAGACAUUGUUCUUCUCAUCGAAACACGUCGGUGGAGAACUCGCUCUUCAUUUGCUUCCACCAGGUCUUCAGGGUAAGCUCAAGAAUAUUCUGUAUCCUUUUGAUGGCCUUGUAGCUGACUACAUUCACAGACAAUAUGAGAGUAGCGCGUGGUGCAGCAAAAGACGCGAUCGUGAAGUUCAUCGAUCGAAUUGUAACGUACAUCCGACAACUGGAUUGGGAGGAGGCGGAGGACCAGAGUGAUGAAGGUCUUUACGGCGUAGUCCUCAAUGAAGCGGGUUUUGUUAGUGAUCUUUUCAAGGAAGCAAUGAAGCCUUUGGAAACUGGAAUGCUAAAUGGGACUCUUAAGCGAACCUUUCUUCGAGUCUCGCAGGUACUACAGCGGAUGUUCAAUAGUGCUUAUCGGUAUUAUUAUCGGGCGGUGUAUAAGUCGUUUCAUAACCUCCGAUUGGAAUUGUUGAAGCUAGUAGAGGCGGAGAUUGCGAAGGCUUUGUUGACGCAGGAUUUGAAGUCUCAUAUGAGUAGAGCGAAUGAACAAUUGGAAUGGGCGUAG